UGACAGCCCGUUUGUGAUAUCACAUCGGUACACUGUGUGUCGUGAAAAGCAUCAGUUUUGUUUACAGCAAGCCAAUAGAUUAGUGAAUAAAACCAUCAAUUUAUAGUUUACUGACGCAAACAAAUAGGUACCGCGCAAAAAUGGCUGGAAAUCCGAGUGAAGAACUGGAGCUUUUGGAGCGUGUACUGCUGCGAUUGGGAUUCGCCGAUACCGAUGAGCAGUUGCAGAGUACGGUGACGAAAUUUCUCACUCCGGUGCUGAUAAAGAUCACGUCGCCGAAUGAAAACGUUCGCAAGAAGGUGAUGGAGAUCCUGACGCACAUCAACAAGCGGUUGAAAUCACGCAAUCAAAUUCAAAUUCCACUGGCUCCUCUGUUAACUCAAUACCAACAAGCCGAAUCGUUGUUUUUGAUCAAUUUCGCCAUCAUCUACAUAACGAUGGGCUUCCCGAGGCUGACUGUGGAAGAGCAAACUGAACUCGCUCCUGUGCUGUUGAACUGCUUGGAAGGGAAGCCGGAAACACAUCAGGACAAAAUCCUGAUGCUGGUCCUUCCGCUGCUGGGCGAGAUUAAGAUACCGGAGAAUCCGGAAAAACGGUCGGAACUGCUUGGGCUGUCAAAUAAACCGCACACGAAACAGCAGCUCCUGUCUAUCCUGAUGGAUGUGCUGCUGUUACCGUACGGCACGCUGCCCGACAGUGACGUGCCGCCCGGUAUGAGCGUGUAUUCGUUCAAGCGCGUUACAUCGAAACCGCCCAAAGCGGAGGAGCUGGAACAGUUGAAAAAGGGCAUCGUGCGGUUCCUUUGUGGGGGCAUCUUUCCGGACCAGGAAAUUUUGGCCCAUCUUGUAGUAGCCUCGGCCGAUACACGGUUCUCCGUAGCGACCCCAGCAAUUGGAGAGUUGAACAAGAUUUGCAGCUCGCUCGAUUGGAAUGAUCCGAAGUUGUCUGCCCCACUGUACACCCUAUUCUCAGGCAAUGGUUCCAAGUUGCCCGACCGCAAGACAAGCGGCGUGAGCGCGAGGGUACGCCAGAAGUUGUUCCAACAUUUGCUAAAGUGUCGCGGAAAAGGAAUCAUCAUUGCGAACGGCAUCCAGGUGAUCUUCGAAUCACUGUUCGGGGACAAUACGAACCAAAAGUGUAAGGUGUUGGCGCUACAGUUUGCGUACAAUUUAAUCAACAACGGUCAGACGGAUCUUAUCAACAAGCUGUCGAAGGUAUUGCUGACGGGAAUUGCCAAACUGAUCGGCACAUCGUCGGAAGAAACGAACGAGGUGCAGAAUGCGGCGUACAGUGCGAUGGCACAGCUGGCUAUCGUGUGUCCUACCACCGUGAACGAGGACAUUCAGCUCGUCGGCGAGUACUUCAACCAUCUGCAGCAGGCUCCAGUCGAGCUGCAUUCUUCCAUUCGUGAAGCACUGGUUGCGCUGGCCCAAGCAUUCGAUUGGCGGAAGCAAAACAAAUCUAACGCCGGUUCGGCAACGACCGUCAUGGAGACUGAAGACGGAAACGAUAAGCCGGGUACGUCGAAAAGAAAGCUUGUUUCUACGCCGGCACGCUUUGUGCCGAACGCAAACCAACAGCUGUUGCUCGCACUGCUCGCUGAAAAGGCUGAAUCGAAGUUAACGAUCGUGCAAAAUGUCACCUCCGUUUACCUUACCACUUGCUUUCCGGAUUACUAUGUGCCUUCGCGCUACCUGCUGCUGAUUAUAUGCGGAGACAGCUCGCAACUGCGCGAAAUGAUGACGACCUACCUGUACGGUGUGUCGAAGAAAGAUCACAUAAACUACGGUGCCAUUCUGUCCGUGAGCGAUUACGAUCGGCUGGAGCAGUUUGAAUCGUCCGACACGAAACACAUCGUACUGCCCUCGUUCCGGGAGAUGGUGGAGUACGUGGCAUCCAAGUCGGAGCGGAAGGUGGCAACGGUUGUCGAUCGGAUGGGGUACGGGAAGGUGAAGCUGCCGUACGCUUUCGACACGUACGUGGAAAUAUUGGAAUAUUUGCGGCUCUGUUUGCUGUUCAAUGCGGGCGUAACUUCGCAUCCCAGCGAUGACGAAACGCUCUUCAAGUUGACCGCUUUUCUGCGUAAGCUGAUCGCCGAGGGACACCGCGAAACGGUAGUGAAGUACCAUGAUCUCGUGCGCCGUCUGGUGAUCGCUCGCAAGGGUAUAAGCGAGCUGACGUGUCUGUAUGAUCUGGUGAACGGUAUUCCGGAUGCACUCGUGGAAGAAAACCGCGAUCUUCUGCUGACGCUGGAAGGAUCACUGAAGGAAACGUCCGAACCGACCCGCGUUCUUAUCGCGAUGGUGUACGGUGUGCUGGUGGCGUAUGUGAGCAACGAUACCGAAUUCGAGCGCCAGGUACGGGAGUUGCAAACGCUGGGUAAUAAAUCGCUCGAAACACGGCAUGGUUCCAUACUAGCCGCUGCCCAUGCCGUCCACCGGAAGUUGCUGUUGAAGAAAAAAGAAACGAACAUCUCUCUGCAGGAGUGGGUCAUUCUGAAGGAACUGGUGGAAUUGCUCAUUUCGUUGCUGCGUGAUCAACAAUCGCUGCUGCAGUCGGCCGCCAUUCGAAGUUUAUCUCUGAUUGGUUCGACCACCGCACUGCCCCUCCCGGAGGUAGAAAGCAUGGACACGGACGAUGGUGCAGAGAAUGCGAACAAAAAGGUGGUCACCACGAAAGCAUCCCUGAUGGAAACACUCGUAACGUUGCUACAAAGCGGACAUACGAAGGCAAAAAUUCGCGAAGAUGCUGCUCACUGUCUCGGAUACCUUGCGGUGGGCGAUCAGCAGUACUAUGCCCGGAAAGUGUUGCAACGGUUCCUGGGCAUGCUGAAGAUGACCAAAGACCCCGCACUGCACAUUGCGAUGGGACAGGCACUGGCUUACACGUUGCAGGGCCUUCCCAAGGACGGACAGAGCGUAGAGGAAAAGGUCGGCAAUGUGGACGAUGAAACGCUUACCUGGUUCUUGAUCGAGCUGGUGAAGCAAGUGAAUGAAACGCACGCGUACUUAAAACAGGCAUGCGCCGUCUGGCUGCUGGCCAUCGUGAAAAACUGCAGCCACCGGAAGCCACUACGGGAGAAGCGCCAGAUUUUGCAGCUCGCCCUAACGGAUCUCCUCUCGGAGGACAAUGAACUCGUGCAGGAUGUGGCAUCACGUGCAAUGGGCAUUAUAUUUACACUCACAAGCAAUGAGGAUCAGGAAGAGAUGUCGAAUCUGCUGCUCGAUCAGCUUAUCGGUGGCCGGCGACAGGUGCAGAAGGUGGUCGAGGAUACGAAGCUAUUUGAAGAGGGUGUUCUUGGGAAAACUCCCAUGGGAGGCAACCUAUCGACGUACAAGGAGCUGUGCGGGCUAGCUUCCGACCUAAACAAGCCGGAAAUGAUUUACCAGUUCAUGCAGAUAGCUAACCACAACGCUACCUGGAACAGCAAGCUCGGAGCAGCGUUCGGUUUGCAGUCAAUCUCAAAAUCCGCUAAACUGAAGAUGGAACCAUAUCUGGGCAAGAUUGUUCCGCGCCUGUUUCGCUACAAGUACGAUCCGACGCCCAAGAUCCAAAACUCGAUGAUAAGCAUCUGGGACUCGGUGGUGACCGAUUCGAAGGCUACGGUCGAGCUGUACUACUGGGAGAUUCUCGAAGAUGUGACCACAAAUCUCACCUCGUACGAAUGGCGUACCCGCAUUGCGUGUUGUCUUGCCGUGCGAGAUCUAAUAAAGCGUGCCGCCGGUUUAAAGCUUCGAUCGGAUGCGGUGGGCAGAGGUAAAGGAGAGCCCCUUCCCGCUACCAGCAUGAUGGAGGUGGAUGAUCGACCAAGCGUACCGGAGCCCGAGUUACGGUACCUAUGGAGCCAGCUGUUCCGCGUAAUGGACGAUCAGCACGAAGGUACGCGUUUGGCGGCGGAAGGAACGGCAAACGCGCUGAGCAAAGUGUGCGUUGUGGCUGCAUCGAGCGAUCACAACAAAUCGGCCAUGAAUGUGGCGAGUUCGAUCAUCCCCCUGCUGCUGGAAACGGGCGUCACACACACCGUGCCCGAGAUACGCAAGCUCAGCAUCCGUACACUGUCCGAGCUGAUCGAUUCGGCCGGUGCGCUGAUAUUGCCCCAUCUGACGAGCCUGGUGCCAUGUUUGCUACAGGCGACGGGAGAGCUGGAUUCCACCAAGCUGGCCUACCUCUCAACGAUGGUGUCGGGUCAGGCGGGCGGUGGCACUCAGGAAACAAUCGAUUCGUUGCGUGCCGAGGCGGUCAAGCAGCACUACACGAUGGAAACGUUGACAAAGUGCAUCCGGCACAUCAAUUAUGGCACGCUCGAACGCAUGAGUCCGGCCGUGCUUGAUCUCGUAAAGUCGAGCGUAAAUCUCGGCACAAAGGUGGCUUGUGCGCACUUCAUCUGUCUCGUCAGCAUACACCUCGGACAGGAGAUGCAACCGCUGACGAGCAAAUAUCUGGGCGCUUGCUUCGGAGGGCUGACGGACCGUAAUGCGACGGUGCGCCGGUACUAUGCGUCCGCCAUUGGGCAUCUGAUCGGUACGGCUAAGGAGCAAUCGAUCGAACGAUUGUUCGGCAAGCUGGAGGAGCUGUACUUCGAGCAGCAAGCGUCCCGUUCGAAGGCGGUCCCGCUCACGAUACAGGCGAUCAAUAAACGGCACCAGGAGCUGCUCAAGGACUACAGUGCGAACGUGCUGCCGUUGGUGUUUUUUGCCAUGCACGAAGAGCUCACGGAGGACACCCGAUCGACGGUGGAGCUGUGGCAGGAGCUUUGGCACGACAUCAACACAGGGGACGCCGGGUUGCGCAUGAAUUUGGAUGCGAUCGUAACGAUACUGGAGACGAAUCUUAACAAUCCUUCCUGGUUGCUGAAGGCGCAGGCCGGUGCGGCCACGAAUACGCUCGCGUCCAAGCUGAGCGCCACGCUGGAAGAUUCCGUACGUUGCCGCUUGAUCGAGCUGAUCCUGAACAAUGUGAGUGGACGGACGUUCCAGGGGAAGGAGCGAUUGUUGCAAGGGUUGGCCAGCUUGUGCAAGAAGUUGGACCAGAAGGCGACGAAUCACGGCGAGCGGAUAGUGGAUGCGGUGAUGAAGGAGUGCCGAAAGGAGGAACCGAUCUACCGUACGCAUGCGUUACGAUCCCUUGGCAACAUUCUGGACGAGCUGAAGGUGGAUCGAUUCGAGGAAGUGUACAACAUGGUUUGGCAUUUGCUCGAUAAGCAUCAGCAGGAUCCGGAUGGUCCUGGCGAGAGCACCUCGUCGGGGGGAGAAUUUGUGCCGUCGGAGGAACGGAACAAGCAGAUGCUGAUUUCCGUACAGCUGAAGGAGACGGUAUGCGAAACGCUGGGAAAAGCGUGGCCCGAGUACUCGAUCGAAACGCAGCAGCGCUAUCAGCGGAUGUUUGUCGAAAAGUGUGUCCAGUGUUUGAAGCUCAACACACGCCCAGUACAGCUGUGCUUGCUGCAGGCGCUUGGUCGAUUUUUGGAACGUUUACAUCUGCUUCGUAGCACAGUUGACGAGGCCAGCGAAGCUGAAAACGGUGCAGGAGGAACUGGAACCUCUGCCCUGGGGGCGAAUCGUGAGAAGAAAGCGAAGGUCGAAACAGAUCCUGUGGAUGGAAACAUUCUGGAGACUAUUUGUCGUAUCGUGCUGUCGGCGAUCGUUGAUGUGUCGGCGAUACCACAUACUGGGCUGAAAAAGGAAGCACUGAACGUGAUGCUUAUAUUGACGAAAAAGUUGAAGGCGAAGGACUCCGGAACGGUUGACCUGGAGCUGGGCUUGGUGCGACAAACGUUCGCCCAGAUACUGCAGCAACUGCAGAAGGACAGUGCGCCGGAAAUCAAAUGUCGACUGAAGGAUUUGGAGGACAAACUCAAGUAGGAUCUGUUGCUGUUGUGGCAAAGGUAAAUGAUUCGAUUGCAAGAUAAACAUUUCAGAACAGUGUGCGCGUGUGUGUGCCGUAGAAAAUAAGGAAUAAGGGUCAGAUCAUAUAAUAAAACAUGACUCGAAAGAUAGUGAGACUGUUAA